CGGCGGGGAGGCAGCUUCCACCGCCCUCCGCGCGCCCUCACCCGGCCUUGCUCUGCCUCCGGGGACCGCCAGCAGCCCGCCUCCAAAAGUUUGAUCAUCUCUCUCUCUCUUUUUCUUGCUUCUUCUUCCUUUUUGGUGGAAGCAGAAAAGGAGCGAGGCAGGGGCGAGCGCGGCGCCCGGACUCCUGGGACCAUGGGCCUGGCGCGGGCGCCCGCAGGGCCCCAGCCGCGCUGCCUGCCUGCUCGGGCGCCCCUGGGCGCGGGGCUGCGCUGGGGGCGCGGGGGCCGCGCGCUCUGAGCCGGCCUGGCGCGGCGGGGCGGGGGGCUGGCGGCCCCAUGGGGCGCGCCCACACUUGCCCCCCGGGUUCGGGAGCAUGAAGUAGGGGCCUGCCAUGGGAGCGGGAUCGGCGCGGGGGGCCCGAGGCACAGCGACGGCGGCGGCGGCGCACGGGGGGGGGUUUCUCUUCUCCUGGAUCUUAGUCUCGUUUGCCUGUCACCUGGCCUCCACCCAAGGAGCUCCUGAAGAUGUGGACGUCCUCCAGCGGCUGGGCCUCAGCUGGACGAAGGCCGGGAGCCCUGCACCCCCGGGAGUCAUUCCUUUCCAGUCUGGCUUCAUCUUUACGCAGCGGGCCCGGCUCCAGGCUCCCACGGGCUCCGUCAUUCCUGCCUCCCUGGGCACAGAGCUGGCGCUGGUGCUGAGCCUCUGCUCCCACCGGGUGAACCAUGCCUUCCUCUUCGCUGUCCGCAGCCGGAAACACAAGCUGCAGCUGGGCCUGCAGUUCCUCCCCGGCAAGACGGUUGUCCACCUGGGGUCCCGGCGUUCGGUGGCCUUCGACCUUGACAUGCACGACGGGCGUUGGCACCACCUGGCCCUCGAGCUCCGAGGCCGCACAGUCACUCUGGUGACCGCCUGUGGGCAGCGCCGGGUGCCUGUCCUGCUGCCUUUCCACAGGGACCCUGCACUCGACCCCGGGGGCUCCUUCCUCUUUGGGAAGAUGAACCCGCAUGCAGUCCAGUUUGAAGGUGCUCUGUGCCAGUUCAGUAUCUACCCUGUGACGCAGGUCGCUCACAAUUACUGUACCCACCUGAGGAAGCAGUGUGGACAGGCUGACGCGUACCAGUCCCCGCUGGGGCCUCUCUUCUCCCAAGACUCUGGCAGACCUUUUACCUUCCAGUCUGACCUCACCUUGCUAGGCCUGGAGAACUUGACCACUGCCACACCAGCCCUGGGGUCACAGCCAGCAGGCAGGGGACCCAAGGGGACUGUGGUGCCCGCCACUCCCACCAAGCCCCAAAGGACUAGCCCCACAAACCCUCACCAGCAUAUCACGGUGCGAGGCCCAGGCCAAACCCCACUGCUACCUGCCAAGCUGUCAGCCAGUAACACACUUGAUCCCGUGCUCCCAGCCUCUCUUGGCGGCUCUACCAGAACGCCUCGCCCUGCAGCCACUCAACCCUCACAGAAGAUCACAGCCACCAAAAUCCCCAAAAGCCUCCCUACCAAGCCUUCAGCCCCUUCUACUUCAAUUGUCCCCGUCAAAAGCCCCCAUCCUACCCAGAAAACAGCUGCACCUUCAUUUACAAAGUCAGCCCCACCCACUCAGAAGCAAAUACCACCUACUUCCCGUCCAAUUCCUGCCAAAGUAUCCCGUCCCGCAGAGAAGGCCAUCCAGAGGAAUCAAGGAAUGCCCAGGCCCCCACUGCCCAGCACCCAGCCCCUACCUUCUACCACCAGCUCCUCUAAAAAACCCAUUCCCACACUAGCUCAGACUGAGGCCAAGAUGACUAACCAUGCCAGUAAACCGGCCUCUGCCCGCACCAGCACCCACAAACCUCCCCCAUUUACUGCUUUAUCCUCAUCUCCUUCCCCUACUCCUGGUUCUACCAGGACGACUCAGCCACCAGCCACAAUGGUGCCUCCAACCUCGGGCACCAGCGCUCCCAGAACAGCACCUGCCAUCCCCACUCCUGGCUCAGCUCCUACUGGAAACAAGAAGCCCACUGGAUCGGAAGCCUCAAAGAAAGCUGGACCUGAGAGCAGCCCCCGGAAGCCCGUCCCCCUCAGACCUGGGAAGGCAGCCAGGGAUGUCCCCUUGAGCGAUCUGACAACCAGGCCUAGCCCCAGACAGUCCCAGCCCAGUCAGCAGACCACCUCAGCACUGGUAUUGGCCCCAGCGCAAUUCCUGUCCUCCAGCCCCCAGCCCACGAGCAGUGGCUAUUCGUUCUUCCACCUGGCAGGAUCUACGCCUUUCCCUCUGCUGAUGGGGCCUCCGGGGCCCAAGGGAGACUGUGGUUUGCCGGGUCCCCCUGGGCUGCCUGGGCUACCUGGAAUCCCUGGUGCACGUGGGCCUCGGGGUCCUCCUGGGCCUUAUGGAAAUCCAGGUCUCCCCGGCCCUCCUGGAGCCAAAGGACAGAAAGGGGACCCAGGGCUCUCACCAGGAAAGGCCCACGAUGGGGCAAAGGGCGACAUGGGCUUGCCUGGGCUCUCCGGGAAUCCAGGACCUCCGGGACGAAAGGGACACAAGGGCUAUCCUGGACCGGCAGGGCACCCCGGAGAACAGGGGCAGCCAGGACCUGAGGGCAGCCCAGGGGCCAAAGGUUACCCUGGCAGGCAGGGGUUACCUGGACCGGUAGGAGAUCCCGGCCCCAAAGGCAGCAGGGGCUACAUUGGGCUCCCAGGGCUCUUCGGCCUGCCAGGGUCUGAUGGAGAGCGAGGCCUGCCUGGUGUUCCUGGCAAGAGGGGCAAGAUGGGUAUGCCGGGGUUUCCUGGAGUCUUUGGGGAAAGAGGCCCUCCCGGACUGGAUGGAAACCCUGGAGAACUGGGCCUGCCAGGCCCCCCUGGAGUCCCCGGCCUUAUUGGUGACUUGGGAGUGUUGGGUCCAAUUGGCUACCCAGGACCCAAGGGCAUGAAGGGACUGAUGGGCAGCGUGGGGGAGCCCGGACUGAAAGGUGAUAAGGGUGAACAAGGGGUUCCAGGUGUGUCGGGAGAUCCCGGAUUCCAAGGAGACAAGGGGAGCCAGGGGUUGCCAGGGUUCCCCGGCGCACGGGGGAAGCCAGGGCCUCUGGGCAAAGUUGGAGACAAAGGAUCCAUUGGGUUUCCCGGGCCCCCUGGACCCGAGGGAUUCCCAGGAGACAUCGGCCCCCCUGGCGACAACGGCCCAGAAGGCAUGAAGGGUAAGCCUGGAGCCCGAGGCCUGCCGGGACCCCGUGGGCAGCUGGGGCCCGAGGGAGAUGAGGGACCCAUGGGGCCACCAGGGGCCCCUGGCUUGGAGGGUCAGCCUGGCAGGAAGGGCUUUCCUGGGAGGCCCGGCCUGGAUGGCGUGAAGGUAAGGGGACCUGGAGAUCCUUUGGGACAAAAGGAAAGAGGGGGUCCUACAUAUUCAGGCCCCAAUUCAAACCCCAAAUCCCAUGGCCAGUUGGCCAUUAGUGCCCCAGCCCCCUUCUGGAAGCGUCAGCCUCUAGCUGAGUCUACUCAUGCUGCGGCCUCUGCAGAGCUGUUUCGAAGGUGCCGCACGAGGGGCCCCCGAGGACCGGACGGACCAGCUGGGGAGCAAGGGUCCAGGGGCCUGAAGGGCCCUCCAGGACCCCAGGGCAGACCGGGCCGGCCUGGACAGCAGGGUGUGGCUGGUGAGCGAGGCCACUUGGGCUCGCGAGGCUUUCCCGGCAUCCCGGGUCCCUCAGGCCCCCCAGGCACCAAGGGCCUCCCAGGAGAACCGGGCCCUCAGGGACCCCAGGGGCCAGUUGGGCCUCCAGGAGAGAUGGGAUCCAAGGGGCCGCCGGGUGCAGUGGGAGAACCGGGCCUUCCUGGGGAAGCCGGGAUGAAGGGUGACCUUGGACCCCUGGGCACCCCUGGGGAGCAGGGCCUCAUUGGGCAACGGGGAGAGCCAGGCCUUGAGGGUGACAGUGGCCCCAUGGGACCUGAUGGGCUGAAGGGGGACAGGGGAGACCCAGGGCCUGAUGGAGAACAUGGCGAGAAAGGCCAGGAAGGGCUGAUGGGUGAGGACGGGCCCCCUGGCCCCCCUGGCGUCACUGGUGUCCGGGGUCCUGAAGGAAAAUCAGGGAAGCAAGGCGAGAAGGGCCGCACUGGAGCCAAGGGCGCCAAGGGCUACCAAGGACAGCUGGGUGAGAUGGGCGUCCCUGGAGACCCCGGACCCCCUGGCACUCCAGGCCCUAAAGGGUCCCGGGGCAGCCUGGGACCAACGGGUGCUCCUGGACGCAUGGGGGCCCAAGGAGAACCGGGACUGGCUGGUUAUGAUGGACACAAAGGCAUUGUGGGACCCCUCGGACCUCCUGGACCAAAAGGCGAAAAGGGGGAGCAGGGCGAGGACGGCAAGGCCGAGGGGCCCCCUGGGCCACCUGGAGAUCGGGGCCCUGUGGGUGAUCGAGGAGACCGCGGGGAACCAGGGGACCCUGGGUACCCUGGACAGGAGGGUGUGCAAGGCCUCCGUGGAAAGCCAGGCCAGCAGGGCCAACCCGGGCAUCCGGGACCCCGGGGGCGGCCGGGACCCAAAGGAUCGAAAGGCGCAGAGGGACCAAAGGGAAAGCAAGGCAAGGCGGGGGCCCCAGGCCGGAGGGGGGUCCAGGGCCUGCAGGGGCUGCCAGGGCCCCGGGGCGUGGUGGGGAGACAGGGCCUCGAGGGCAUCGCUGGACCAGAUGGGCUUCCUGGCAGGGACGGGCAAGUGGGACAGCAGGGGGAGCAGGGAGACGAUGGGGACCCUGGCCCCAUGGGCCCUGCUGGGAAGAGAGGAAAUCCAGGUGUGGCCGGCUUACCUGGAGCACAGGGACCCCCGGGAUUUAAGGGUGAGAGUGGGUUACCCGGACAGCUGGGUCCCCCUGGCAAACGAGGGACGGAGGGCAGAACGGGGCUCCCUGGAAACCAGGGGGAGCCUGGGUCCAAAGGCCAGCCGGGCGACUCUGGUGAGAUGGGCUUCCCAGGAAUGGCAGGUCUCUUCGGACCUAAGGGCCCCCCUGGAGAUAUCGGCUUCAAAGGCAUCCAGGGUCCUCGGGGGCCACCUGGUUUGAUGGGAAAGGAAGGCAUCAUCGGGCCCCUCGGAAUCCUGGGACCUUCGGGACUCCCGGGUCCGAAGGGUGACAAAGGCAGCCGUGGGGACUGGGGAUUGCAAGGUCCGAGGGGUCCUCCUGGCCCCAGAGGGCGGCCCGGCCCCCCGGGUCCUCCAGGGGGUCCUAUCCAAUUGCAACAAGAUGAUCUUGGGGUAGCUUUCCAGACGUGGAUGGACACCAGUGGAGCACUCAGACCAGAGGGUUACAGCUAUCCGGACCGGCUGGUGCUUGACCAGGGAGGAGAGAUCUUUAAAACCUUACACUACCUCAGCAACCUCAUCCAGAGCAUUAAGACGCCCCUGGGCACCAAAGAGAACCCCGCCCGGGUCUGCAGGGACCUCAUGGACUGUGAGCAGAAGAUGGUGGAUGGUACCUACUGGGUGGAUCCAAACCUUGGCUGCUCAUCCGACACCAUCGAAGUCUCCUGCAACUUCACGCAUGGUGGACAGACGUGUCUCAAACCCAUCACGGCCUCCAAGGUCGAGUUUGCCAUCAGCCGGGUCCAGAUGAAUUUCCUGCACCUGCUAAGCUCUGAGGUGACCCAGCAUAUCACCAUCCACUGCCUUAACAUGACAGUGUGGCAGGAGGGCACAGGGCAGACCCCAGCCAAGCAGGCCGUGCGCUUCCGGGCCUGGAACGGACAGAUUUUUGAAGCUGGGGGUCAGUUCCGGCCCGAGGUGUCCAUGGAUGGCUGCAAGGUCCAAGAUGGCCGCUGGCAUCAGACACUCUUCACCUUCCGGACCCAAGACCCCCAACAGCUGCCCAUCGUCAGUGUGGACAACCUCCCUCCUGCCUCAUCAGGGAAGCAGUACCGCCUGGAAGUUGGACCUGCGUGCUUCCUCUGACCUCUGACCUCUUGGCCCCUCUAGGCCUCAUGGAGGAGGGAAGAGGAAGAGGCAAGGGGAGGGUACCGAGGGGCAGAUAGCUCCAGGAGAGGCAGCUCCCCUGCCCAAGGGUCCUUGGGCAGACCCCAGCUGUUGUCUGCCCGGUAGAAGUGGGUGGGGGUAGGAGGGGAUAGGGUAUCCUUGGGAACAAUGGAUCCCAGCUUAGCCCCAAAGACCAACCAAAGAGCCAGCCAGAGCAAGCUGGACCUGCAACCCGCCUGAGCCCCAUGGCCUCUCAGCUCUGCGGCCACCCCCUUCCCUCCCCAGCUUCCUGCCCAAAGAGCCCCACAUUCAAGCCAACUUGAGGGAAGGGGGCAUCUCGUCAGCUGGUCCCUGCUAGGGAGCUAUUGAUGUGCAAUAUUAGAAAAAGGAGACAUGAAAAAAGGAGAAAAGGAAAGACAGAAGUAUAUAUAUAUAUUAUUUAAACAAACAAAAAGAAGGUGCGUUACUAUUUUUUUUUCACCUGGGAAAGAGGUGAGAGGAUGGGAAGGAGCAGCCAGGCGUGGGAAGCGGCGAGAUCCUCGGGCUGGGGGUGCCCAUGUUUGCUACCUCCCACUGUGAAAUCGCUGGUGCUCGCAAUUGUCUCUCAUAGUGUAUGUGAUUUUUUUUAAGGAAAAAAAAAAAACAACCCUAUUUAAGAUUCUGAAGGUGCUACCAUUAUUUUGCCACAGACUUUGAAGAAACUUUUGGAUGUAGCGUAUCAUCCGCAUCUUUCUCUCUCCUCCCAAUAACAAAGUUUGGGGAAUUUUUGAAUUUUCUUAGCAUCGCCCUUGUGCUCAUCAGGUAAUCUGCUAAGGAGGAAAAAAGAAAAGAAAAAAGGAAAAAAAAAAAAAAGCAAAAACAAAACAAAACAAAAAACCCUACCAGAAACCAGAAGUAGAAAGAUUUACCUUAUAACUUAUGGACUUUGAAAUGUCUGUCCUUUUAAGGCAGCAGGGAGGCCUGGGUGUGAAGCAUGUUGGCUUGGCCCUUCACGGUCCUGGAGGGAGGUGAGGCUGGCCUUGGAAGGCAUGCCCUGGAGAGGUCUUGGGUGAAGACUUGACCAUGAAGAAACCAAUCACAAAAGCGGCGUUGGGUCAGGGCUAGCCUUGGAGGUGAAGCAUCAACAUGGAACCAUCUCAGGAUGCCGCAUGACCUCUUCCAAGGCCCUCACUUCCAGGAGCCUGUCCUUGCAAGAUGCAAUCAUCGUUCCUGCUUUUUCGUUGUCAUUAAAUUCUGUAGAAACCCAUUGUCAUUAGCUCCAAGUGUAAAUUUGGGUCAAGGAGACAGAAUAAUAAUGGGAAUCUUGGAGUUCGACACCAUAGUGACAUUCAGCGUCCUCUGAAUUGUGCUACAUCAGCGAACAAGUCGGCGCUUGAGUUGGAUUUUGAGGUGAUUUUAACCUUGGAAUUGAGGUUAUUUAACCGUGGAAUUAUUUUUAUAGAAGGGGAAAAUGUAUGUGAAAGGCUCUGUUUGUGUAUUUCUUACCUAAAGUUGUGUCUCUUUGGGAAUUGGAUUUGAUUUUUAUUAUUUAAUACCUCACUCUGGCCCGUCCCCUCUCCCGUCCCCCCUUCUGUAUCUUCGCCCCCCGCCCCAGCCUGGACGUUCUGCGUGGAAGUGCAUGUUUGUAGCAGCUCGGGCCUCAUCUCAGCGCUUGGAUCCCUCCUGCCGCCAGAAUCCACUGGCCUCUGUCUCAUCCUUGGGUUUUCCUGCUGUCCUCGUUUACGUCUGUCCACAUGUCAGUGUAUUAAAACCCCAAUGGGUUCCGUUUCUCCUUUUCCCCUCUGGAGUUUAAAUAAAUAUUUAAAACUGAGGCAAUGGAAUGACA